GGAAGUGUCCCUCCAGAACUGGCCGGAGCUCCUAAGGCGGGCAGAGAGCGAAGCAGCCUAUGGCCUCUAGGGCUGGCACCAGGAUGCCACCUCUAAUGAUUAACUCAAACGCCUCUAAACAUUCGGAGUUAUUUCUGUCCCCUGUCCCCUCAGUCGUCUUUCAUUCUGACCUCGGUGUUUAAAAGUCCAGCUUCUCGGAAUCGGUAGCAAACCUCUGCGGGCGGGCGUGGGAACAGGAAGUGAGCACAGUCCUGGGGUGCGCGGGCCGGGGCUGGAGGCUCGGAAAGCCCAAGCCAGCCGCGGCCUCGCCCGAGCUGGAGCUGUGACCGCCGGGGCAGGGACUCGGCCACAGGUUACGGCUCUCCUACCCCUUGAUAAGAAUGGAUUUCCACAGUUGUCUUUACGAUAUUGCUGAAGAACUGGGCAGUGAAGACCUGGCAGCCCUCAAGUUCCUGUGCUUGGACUACAUCCCACAUAAGAAGCAGGAGACCAUCAAGGAUGCCCUGGUGCUAUUUCAGAGGCUGCAGGAAAAGGGGAUGUUGGAGGAUGGCAAUCUGUCUUUCCUGAAAGAGCUGCUUUUCCUCAUCAGUCGGUGGGACCUACUGAUCAACUCCCUAAACUGCACCCGAGAGGAGAUGGUGAGGGAGCUGCAGGUUCUAGGCAAAGCCCAGGUUUCUGCCUACAGGGUCACGCUCUUUAAGCUCUCAGAAGAAGUGAGUGAGUCGGAACUGAGGUCUUUUAAGUUCCUUUUGAACAAUGAGAUCCCCAGAUGUAAGCUGGAAGAUGACUUGAGCCUGCUUGAAAUUUUCAUAGAAAUGGAGAAGAGGAUCAUGCUGGCGGAAAAUAACUUGGAAAUCCUAAAAUCAAUCUGUGGCCAAGUCAACAGGAGCCUGCUGUGGAAGAUCGAAGAUUACGAAAGAUCAAGCACAGAGAGAAGAAUGAGCCUUGAAGGAAGGGAAGAGUUGCCAGUUUCCGAUUUGGAUGAGAUGUGCCUCAACAUGCAGGAAAUAUGUGACUCGCCAAGAGAACAAGAGCCACGGAUUUCAGACAAAGUUUACCAAAUGAAGAACAAACCUCGGGGAUACUGUCUGAUCAUCAACAAUAAUGAUUUCAGCAAGGCCAGAGAGGACAUACCCCACCUCCGCAACAUGAAGGACAGAAAAGGAACAGACUGCGAUAAAGAGGCUCUGAGUGAGACCUUUAAGGAGCUUCAUUUUGAGAUAGUAUCUUACGACGACUGCCCAGCAAAUGAAAUCCAUGAGAUUCUAGGAGCCUACCAAAGCAUAAACCACAAGGACAAAGACUGCUUCAUCUGCUGUAUCCUAUCCCACGGAGACAAGGGCAUCAUCUAUGGAACGGAUGGGAAGGAGGCCUCCAUCUAUGACCUGACAUCUUACUUCACUGGUUCAAAGUGCCCUUCCCUGGCUGGGAAACCCAAAAUCUUUUUCAUUCAGGCUUGCCAAGGAAAUAACUUCCAGAAAGGAGUGCCUGAUGAGUCAGGCUUAGAACAACAGCACAGCACUUUAGAAGUGGAUUCAUCAUCUCACAAGAAUUAUAUUCCGGAUGAGGCAGACUUUCUGCUGGGAAUGGCUACCGUGAAGAACUGUGUUUCCUACCGAGAUCCUGUGAAUGGGACGUGGUAUAUCCAGUCACUUUGCCAGAGCCUGAGGGAAAGAUGUCCUCAAGGCGACGACAUUCUAAGCAUCCUGACUGGCGUGAACUAUGACGUGAGCAAUAAAGACGACAGGAGGAACAAGGGAAAGCAGAUGCCACAGCCCACCUUCACACUACGGAAGAAGCUCUUCUUCCCUCUCAACUGAUGUGUGCUCUCCACAGUUCACAUGGGUUAUCUGUGCACUUUUGUGUGGAUGAGUCUAAUUUAUUUUUUUAUGAUUUGUUUGAGUUUACACUUACAUCAUUUCCCCUUUUCCUCCCUUCAAAUACUUCUAUGUAAUGUUCUAAUUUCAAAUACAUGACCUUUUUUCUCAUUGUUAUACACACACACACACACACACACACACACACACACACGUUUCUAAAUAUAACCUACCCAGUCCGUAUACUGUCAUUUGUAUGUACAAUUUGUUUUGUUUUGUUUUUUUUUUAAUGGAGCGAUCUCUGGUGGGCCAAUCACACUCCAAGGCAGGCCCCUCUCCCAAGAAUAGUUGGGUAACACAAAUUGGAUUCCAUGGGUUCACCUUCAAUCCCAGCACUCUGGAGGCAGAAGCAGAAGGAUCUCUGAGUUCAAGGCCAGCCUGCUCUACAGAGCAAGUUCUGAGAUAGUCAGGGCUACACAGAGAAAGUUUGUCUCAGAAAAAACAAAAAAGAAAACUUGAAGAUGCAUGAGUAAGAAAGCAAGACCGGAGCAUGAACCUGUUUAACAGAAGGGGUGAAUGAUGGGAGCAGGGACCUGGGGCAAGUUAACAGAAGGGGUGAAUGACGGGAGCAGGGACCUGGGGCAAGUUAACAGAAGAUGAGUCAGCAGAAGGGGGUGAAUAUCAUCAGCAUUCUCUGCAUGAAAUUCUCAGAGGUAAUAAAAAUAUUAAUUUUUUUUCUGUGCAGUAUGUAAUUCUUCUGGGUUAGUUUUUCAUUAGUCUCUUGGUAUUUCAUGAUCAAUUGGAAGUCCUUCAGAGUGAGAGCUAUUAGGAAGCAUGGGGGAUAGUGGAAAGAAAACGGUCCCUUUGUUUGUGGCGGGAGUUAACUGUAAAAACACUUCUGUGGCUAAGUGCAGUUAAGGAUUAGCCUUGACCAGGAUGAGGAGAUGGCUCAGUGGUUAAAGAACUUGCCAAGCAAACUCAAGGGCCUGAGUUCAGCUCCCCUGAAUCAAUGUAAAUGGCGAUGGGCGUGUUGUCCCUCCUAUAAUUGCUGCACUGGGAGGGUGGGGACAAGAUCCCUGGAGCAAGCUGUGUGGCCAGACCAGUGGUAUGAGAGGACGACUCUAGGGUCAAUCGAGAGACCCUGCCUCCCUCAUUAUGGUGGAGAUUGAUUGAGGAAGACUGCAUGCAUGUGCCUGCCGAAGCAUAUGUGCGCUCACACAUGUACUUAUGCACGUGCGAGCAUGCUUGCCAGCUCUCCUUACAUGCCUGCACAUGAGUAAAAGUUAAACAUGCCAAUGUUAACAUUGCUGUUAUAUCUUCAGUAAAUGGGGGGCUAGUGAGGUGGCUCAUUGGGUAAGGGGGGUUGCUGCAAAGACUAGUAACAAGGUUUGGUCCCUGGGACCAAAAUGAUAAAAGGAAAGAAUUGGCUCCCAUAAAUUGUCCUCUGACCUGCAAAGCACACUCUCGUAUACAGGCAACGCAUGACUCGAUAAGUAGAUCUAGAUAAAGUUUAAGGAAAAUGAGGCCAGUCGUGGUGGACCACACUGAGCACUUGGGAUGUAGAGG